GCGAGGCGCUCUUCUCGGUGCUGGGACCCCGCCUCUGGGGCGAUCCGGCCGACCAGCCAAGACCCCGUGCAAGCUCUAGGGAAGUGCCCAAGCGUGCCACCGGGCUGGGCGCCGCGGCCUGGGACCAGAGCAUCAGGAGGAGGCGCAGGCUGCACCUCCUGCAAGAAGCCAGGCAGGGGUCCAGAGGGAGGAAUGGGGGGGCCCGGGCCAAUCCCAGAGGAGAAUUUACCGCCGAGAGAAAAGCACCAAUCAGAUGCCAGCAACAGCGGAGGCCGCAGGGAUGGAGCCAAUCAUCUAUGAGUACAGGGCCGGGCGGAGCCGCGCGGAGUUUCAAAUCGGCUGGGGUCUGCGAGGAGCCGCUGUGUCUGGUCACUGCGUUGGGCGUUGCCGGGUUCUAGCGGGCAGAUAAGACUGGGCCAAACCGAUGGCAUCUCAGUGGCAUGGCAUGCGAUCCUCGGUGCGCCGCCGAUCUCUCCUGAAGGAGGAGCAGAUGGAAGAAGAGGUGGUGUGGUCUGCAGCCGGUCACGUGGAGCCGUCCACCGGGGCCCUGGGCUCCCUGUGUAGACAGUUCCAGCGAAGACUGCCCCUGAGGGCUGUCAGCCUCAACCUCGGGGCCGGGCCCUCCUGGAAGCGCCUGCAAACCCCAGAGCCACAGCAGCAGGGCCUCCAGGCUGCGGCACGCUCAGCCAAGAACGCCUUGGGUGUCGUGUCCCAGAGAAUCCAGGAAUCCUGCCAGAGUGGUACCAAGUGGCUGGUGGAAACUCAGGUGAAAGCCAGAAGGAGGAAGAGAGGGGCACAGAAGGGCAGUGGCUCCCCACCUCCCACCCUAAGUCAGAAGAGCACCCGGCUGUGUGGAGCCACUCUAGACCCUGGCAAGAGGGAGUAUCACCGCCUCUCUGCCCAGAAGGACCCACGUUCUCACCCCCGACGGCGGCCGAGGAGGAAUGCUGCCUUCCAGAAUCCCUACUCCUUGACAGAGCCCCUCUGCUCUCCCAGUGAGUCUGAGAGUGAUCUCGAGCCUGUGGGAGCAGGAAUCCAGCAUCUCCAGAAGCCGUCCCAAAAGCUGGACAAGGCCAUCGUGGCUGAAGACAAAAAACAAGUCUUGUCUGGCCACCAAGCCCUCAUACCCAGGAUACCUUUGUCGCUUGCCCUAGAGCUUCCUGGGAGGAGAACCAGAGCCAUCAGCUCCCCUGACCGCCACUAACAAGGACCUGAUUAACAAGGAGCCCAGCAUUCUUCUGCUUCAGCCACAUCUGGGCUCAUCGGUGACCAUCUGCCACAGCCUAGGAGUGACUUGGGGAGACCUUCGAGAGUUGGGGAGUUACCCUUACUCCCUUGGGGGACUCUUGGGCUUAGGACCUCGACCCACAGUCAAGGCUUGUGGUUGCCCUGUUCACAGUGGGAAGGCAGAGUCUUUGGGGAGUCAUGUCUAGACUUCCCAGCUAUAUUUCCAAGGCAGAGGUUCUUGGGGACCUAGUUCCAUCCUACUUCUCCCACCAGGGCCCUGGAGGAAGGGAAAGGAGAUACCUCCAGGUUCUGCAACCCUGGGCUCAUGGGUGCCUAUUUAUAAGCUUGGCACAGGACCCUGGGCAUGCAGAGAGGGGGAGUUCCACUCGAGAGCAGUUCUGCCCUUUGUAAAGUAUUUAAGAAAUCUGCUUUACCAUUGUAUUAUGAAGAACCCUGUGUACCAGUUUCCUAAAUCACAUUGCAUUUUAAUAAUAAAGACUUAUUCCUUUUUACAUAUUGCCCCACCCCCCUGCCUGGCACUGCUUUGGGCCAUAUGUUUAGGGUCUGGCUUUGCCCCUAAUCCCCUCGGCU